AGGGGAGAGUGGGGUGCCUGGAAGCAUUUUUAAGGUCAUCUGCACCUUCUGACUUGGAAAAGAUGGUCAACGUCUUGAAAGGAGUGCUUAUAGAAUGUGACCCUGCCAUGAAGCAAUUUCUGCUGUACUUGGAUGAGUCAAAUGCCCUAGGGAAGAAGUUCAUCAUUCAAGACAUUGAUGACACUCACAUCUUCGUAAUAGCAGAGUUGGUUAAUGUCCUCCAGGAGCGAGUAGGUGAAUUAAUGGACCAAAAUGCCUUUUCUCUUACCCAGAAGUGAAAAUAUUAGAUAAUAACCACUUAGGAAUUAAAAGUAACAAAUGUGAGAGACUCAC